UAUAUAGAGGCCUUUUACAAGUGUUAAUUGGGUUAUCUACAUUAUAGAGAAUGUAAAUAUAAAAUACAUCAAAAUCGAGAAGGUUAAAUAAAGAUAAGAUGAGCAACAAAGAAGAAUUUGAGAAGACUAUUGUACCAAUUUCUGAGCAGGACAGGGAUCUGGCGAGAAAUGCCUUAGAAGAAUUCAAACAGAAGAAUUAUGCAGCCUGUUUGCAAAAUAUUAACAAAUUGGAUAUGGGUCAGGACUUCAAAGUGCUGCACAACAAAUAUGUGGCAGAAUAUCACAAGAGUGAUUUGAAGAAAACUGAUCAGUUCCAAAGGAACAUGAACAACCUUCUAAAUCAGUUUCAAUUGGUCCCUGACAAAUUAGAUGAUAUUGACCAUUGUGUGGCAUAUUACAAUCUGGCAGUAUUGGCAUACCAUCAGAAGCAUUACUCCUAUGCACUUCAGAUUAUGGAUAAAGUGUAUAAAUUUAUUGAGCCGAUGGAUGAGGCUUUGAGUAGGCAAGUUGGACUUCUCUUGGUUGAACUGCAUUUAUGUGUGAAACUUGUUGAUAAGGCCAGCAACUUAAUCACAUACCUUCAUAAUCAUGCAGUAAAUGAAAAACCCAUAGAGAAAGAAAAGAAACCUCUUUCAAAGGGCACAGAGACAUACUUGAAAUGCUUGGAUAUGUAUAGGAUCAAGUGCAAUAUUCUCAAGCAUUCAACAGCUUCUGUUGGAUCUGAUUUGCAACUCUUGUAUCAGAAUCAAAAGGGGAAUGUAGAAGUUGUGUUUUUAAUGGCAAAUAAAGCAUAUUUGGAAGGUAGUUUUCAAGUGGCUAUGAAUUUGUUAGAGUCUAUGCCUAAAGACAGCAUCAAAUUGACUUCUGGGGAAUCUUCCAUUAUAAUGUAUUACAAUAAUAUGGGUAUAAUACACCACGCAAUGGGAAAACCAAAUAUGGCCUGUCAUUUCUAUCAACAGGCUAUCAAAGAAGAGAUUUACACUAAUUCUAAGUUGAAAGGAGAAACUACGUUGUUUGUGAAUGGUAGCUCUAAAUACCAUGAGUUAAUGUAUAACCUCGGGAUAUCCAUGCUGCACGCAGGAAAAGCCGCUCAGGCCUUCGAAUGUUUCAUCAUUGCUGUUAAAAGGUACCACAGAAAUUCGCGACUCUGGCUGCGGAUAGCGGAGUGUUGCAUCCAAGUUCACAAGGAGAGCAACGCCAUUGAUUUCGAUAUGUACAAGAAGCAUAGGGAUCUCGUGAUACAAAUCGUUGGUUCGAAAGAAAAUCAGAAGAUUGUACUUACAACGAACAUCACCACCGACAAAAAGUUUAGUAGUGAGAGCCAGAGCUAUGCCGUUCCGAUAGCUACCUUGGAAUUUGCCAGUUUAUGCUUAAGAAACGCCAAAACCCUUUUACCUUCCAGCGAGAAUUCCUCGCCGGUUCCUUUGCUGCUAAGUCCAGGAGUCUCUCCACAAUUAACAUCCAAUCCUGGCCCGUCACCAUCCAGUCCUCUAAACUUAAAAUCUAUUGACGAACUCAGGAACGCUAUUUUAGCUGCCAGUUCCUACGUUUCCAUAUGCCUAGGCGAUUACAUCGUCGCAUUGGAACAUUCAAAGGAAUUAUUAUCGCAACCUAAGUUAUCAGGGGCUCACAGGAUGUUGGCUCACUUAUAUGCUGCUGAGAGUCUUGUCCUUCUUGAUAAACUAUCAGAUGCUUUAGACCAUCUGAAUCCAGAAAACUUGAGGGACAUCUCUCUGGAUAUGGAUCAAAGCGCAGAGGAGUGCGCGAUUAAAAGCAGCCCCCCUGCAAAAUGGUUCCCGAACACUCUGAACGGUGCAAUGGCUGUGAUGCAUUACAAUAUAGCUGUGGUUAAGACCAUCCGCGGACAAUUUGAUCAGGCACAAGCCCUGCUCAAGCAGAUUUGGCAGAACCGUAACAACGAGAGUCGCGUUCCUGCUCACAUUGUGAUGCUCGUCCUCUACAUAGAAUUGCAAUUAGGACACGUCGAUGUGGCAAGAACUAUUAUUAAACAGUAUUCGCUUCAACAAAAAGUUAAUUAGACUAUCUUUAUUUGUUAAAAGGAAGAGAUUUUGUACUAAA